AUGUCUCAAACCCCCCUCCGCAUAGCUCUAGGCGCCGACGAAGCCGGCUGCAACUACAAAAGCACCAUCAAAGCCGACCUCGAAGCCGACCCCCGCAUCGCCCACAUUAUCGACGUCGGAGUGCACACCUCGGCCGACAAAACCGCCUAUCCACAUCCAGCCGUCGACGCAGCCAAACUCGUCGCGGCCGGCGAAGUCGAUCGCGCGUUGUUAAUUUGUGGCACGGGCUUGGGGGUGGCGAUUAGUGCGAAUAAAGUCCCUGGAGUGAGGGCCGUGACGGCGCAUGAUAGUUUUAGUGUCGAGAGGGCGGUUUUGAGUAAUGAUGCGCAGGUGUUGUGUUUGGGUGAGAGAGUGGUGGGGUUGGAGUUGGCGAGGAGGUUGGUGAGGGAGUGGAUUGGUUAUCGGUUUGAUCCGACGAGUGCGAGUGCGGCGAAGGUGGAGGCGAUUAUGGAGCAUGAGAGGAGGAAUUUUGCGGGGGUGGAGAAGUGA